AUGAGCCUUAAUCGCGGAAGAUCAAAGCCAGCCUCUGAAUCUUCUUUAAAUAAGCCGAGAAGCCGCUCAAGAACCCCAAAUCCUUCUCCUCCAAAAGCAGGGAAAAAAAUUAUGCCAGCUCCAGACAGCCCAGAAGACGAAGAUAUUGAAUUAGCUCCAUGGGUACGGAAAAAUACCUUGAAGUUUAAAGACUCUCUUCUGCUUUUGCAUGAAGAAAUCAUCGAUUUUUACGAUUUUAUGCAGCCAACCCCUUCAGAAAAAGCUGACCAGCAGAGUAUUCUCAAUAGGCUGACUGAAAAAACUCGAAAUAUCUGACCAAACUCCGAAGUGAAUAUUUUUGGAUCUCUUGCUAAUGGUCUGUGGCUGCCAACAAGUGAUAUUGAUAUUGUAAUUAAAACCCAGACUGACCAAGACUCAGCCACACUAAUAGAUUUGCUGUCAAGCGACUUAGUUCAGUCAGCUAUGGCUAGUGAAAUCGAAAAAAUUUAUAAUGCAAGAGUCCCAAUUAUAAAAUUUGUAGACAGAUCUACUUACUUACUUACUUACUUACUUACUUACUUACUUACUUACUUACUUACAUAGUCUUUAAGGUGUCUAGUGCCCACACCCCUUAAUGAAAAAGGGUCAAAGCGACAACUAGUGACGUCACCAAGCCAUCUUGGAAUAUGUGGUCAGCCCACACCCAAGCCUUCUACAAGGCUAGUCGCCAGAUAAAUCGCCGCACAUCUCACCCGGCGCGUUGCCGUCGCUCGUUCAGACUCAGCUCCUGCGCGUGUUCCGCCUAAGGGUCAUCCUCCCGUGGGGAUGUGCUGAGAGGUAAAACUCCGAAAUCUUGAGUGCACUGAGGAGCCGUGCCUUUGGUUAUCCCCAAAGUUAGACGGCUGUUGCUGUGCAGAAGUUCUCGAGAGAAAACCCAACCCCAUAAAUAAAAUUCCAUGAGGGAGAGAAAAUUGGCAGAGCCAAUUUCUCUCGAACCGAAUGCCAUUUUAUUUAUGUAGACAGAUCUACAGGUUUGCAUGUUGAUAUAUCAUUCAAUAUUAGCGGAGGAAUAGAAGGGGUAAAUAUUGUGAAAGAGUACCUUGCAAAAUACCCUGAGGUAAAGUAUAUUGUUUUUGUUUUGAAAUAUUUUUUAAAACAAAGAGGGCUUAAUGAAACUUAUUUAGGAGGGAUUGGGAGCUUUUUAUUGUUUUGUAUGGUAGUAAGCUCUGUGCAGAUGCACCCUGCACAUAAAGGGGAUAAUAAACAUUAUGGGAGAUAUACGCUUGGACAUUUUUUAGUUAUUAUUUUUUAUGAUAUAUGUAAUAAGGACUAUGGAGAUAUUAUCCAUUUAUAUUUAAAAAAAUAUUUUUUUAUAGGAAAUAUAGAAGAUAAUUAGUGAUAUUGAGAAUAAUUUUUUUCAAUUGUAUGGGAGCGAAUUUAACUAUUUGGAUGUUGGGAUUAGUAUCAAAGGAAAUGGGUCAUAUUUUCAGAAGCGAACAAAAGAAUGAUGCCAAACAUUAGGAGAUUUCUUAUGUGUGGAGUGCCCACAAGAUACAAAUAAUGAUGUAGGAAAGGGAGCGUUUGGGAUAAAAAUGAUAAGAAAAACGUUUAAGCAUGCCCAUUUAUUGUUGUGCUCUCAAUGCUACAGAGUGGCAAAAACUCCUUUAAACUUGAUUUUGAGGACAGAUGAUUUAAUUAGGAAUAGGUACCCACAUCAUAAAAAUUAA